GACCGCAGUUGCCUCCAGAAUCAGUCGAACCGUACCGUGUGUAUGUCCUCAUCGCGCGCAAAGAGAUAGGAGGAUGAACCGGCCAAACGGAUUGGACGGGGAGCUGCUGCCACGUGGCAGGUUUACAAAGAGAGGGAGAGCGGCUAUCUAACGAGUAAGGAGUGCCCCGGGGUUGAAUAUGUCGGAUAGUUAAGAAGCGAUGAGUGAUUUGGGAUGAAGCGCCGCCACGUGGCGUGUUGAUAGCGGGGGGCAUAGCAGCUGUCGAGCUUCCGUGAGUGAGAAUAGCUUCUGAGAGGACAGACCGUCAUCCGCUGUUGGGAGCAAGAGACUGAGUUGCGGCCAGCAGGGAGGCUUUCUAACCAGCACCCUGGGGGGCCAUCAGGCAAGGAAUGAGAGAAGCCAAGCACGUGGGUGUGAGGAGCGAGCGCCUGCCACGUGGCGCCUUGUAAGCGAGAGGGCGAGCUGCCGUCGAGCGAUCGCGCGGGAGAAGAGGUGAGCGAGGACGAACCAUUGCUGCACGUCCUGAAGGGUGACCUGCGGUCAGCAGGAAAGCUUUCGGAGAACAAGCACCCGGGGGGGUGGGCAAUCAGACGAGGAGAUUAGACCAGCCACGUGGAUCUGAGGGGGGAGCUGCUGCCACGUGACGUGUUCAGAAGGAGAAGAAGAGCGGCCUUCUGACGGCUGUCCGCCAUGGUUGUCACGGUGGAUUUAAGGCCGGGUGUCGGCCUUGGACCCUUCACACUAGGGAUGCCCGUGUGCGAGGCAUUGGCUUUUGUGGAGCAGCAUCGACAGAUCUAUGAGAGUGUUGACAUCAAGUACUGUGAAGAGGAUCCUCUUCUGCUGGACUUGGUUCUCAGCUUUCCUCUUCAUGGUUUCUAUCUGAGAUUUGAGCCUCGCUCGCAAAGGCUGCGGCUUAUUGAAGUGUUUGACAUAACAAAGCUUCAGAUGCGAUAUGCUACAUCUGUCAUUGGGGGGCCGAACAUUCCAACGACUUUUGUCUUGAUCUAUGCACUCUUCGGGCCAACGUUCCCUGGAACUUAUGAUGGCAGCUCAGGCUUCUACUCCCUCUUUUACCCUGGCUUAUCAUUCCGUUUCCCCAUUCCUCCACAGUACACGGAGCGGUGCUUGCAGAGAGAAGCGGAGUUGCCCUUAGAAUUUCCAGACGGAACCACUCCAGUCACAUCAAGGUUGUGCAUCUAUACCGGUACCGGGGGCUCGGGAGCUCCUGAGGGGAAAUGUGUUCCGCCGCAGUUACCGGUGGGCAGUCUCUACAUGGAGGAAGUGCGUGUGAAGCUUGCAGAGAGCCUGUUCUUCACUGGAGGUGGGCAAGAGAUUGCAUUUGGUGCUUCUCCACAGCUUCCCCCCAAUCUGUGCGUAGAAGAAUGUCAAAAGGGAGACUAUCUUCCACCAAAAGAGCCAGAGAGUGGAGAACGCGUUCCACCUUCCCUUAUGCCUCGAGCCGAAACCAACUACUAUAGGAAGUUCGUGAGGAACUUCUCCACCAUCGCUGCGCCCCUUCGCAGAUUGCUUAGGAAGGAGACCAUCUGGAAGUGGGAUAAGGACUGCACGUCUGCUAUGAAGAAAUUGAAACAGGCGUUGAUAGAAUAUCCAGUCCUUAAGGUAGCCGAUCCGUCCUUGCCCUUUGUCGUCACUACGGACGCUAGUCAGUACGACAUAGGUGUUGUGUUGCAGCAAGACGAUGGCCAUGGUUAUAGGCUCGUAGAGUUCAUGUCCGCCAGAAUGCCUUCAGAGAAGGUCGUGACAUCUACCUAUGAAAGGGAACUCUACGCUCUCAGGCAAGCCUUAGAACACUGGAAGCACUACUUGCUUGGGAGACACUUCAAAGUCUAUUCCGAUCAUGAGACGUUGAGAUGGUUAAAGACGCAGGCCAAGAUGACACCUAAGCUUACUAGGUGGGCCGCAAAGAUGGAUCAGUAUGACUUUGAGCUCAAGCCAGUCAAGGGAAAGUAUAACGUAGUUGCGGAUGCUCUAAGUAGGAGAGCUGAUUACUUUGGGGCAAUAGUGCAUUACCUACACAUAGGGAAGGACCUGCAGCAAAAGAUUAGAGAAGCCUAUGCGCUGGACCCUAUCUAUAGUGACCUCCUCAAGAGGGUCCAGGAGGCCCCAGCGACUGAGCCGAACUACCCCACUACGGAAGGGUUGCUCUUUGAGAAGACUCGUGUGUUUGACCGCCUGUGCAUUCCCAAUAGUGAAGAGAUCUGUAGUCUGAUUUUGGGAGAAUGCCACGACACAGAGGGUCAUUUUGGUUGGCAAAAGACYUUAGCCAAUCUGAUGCGCGCCUAUACCUGGCCAGGGAUGAAGAAUGACUGCAUAGAGUAUGUUCGCAGUUGUAAAAUCUGACAGCGAAACAAGACUUCUACGCGCGCCCUGUUAGGUCUUCUCAGACCCUUGCCCAUUCCGGAUCAACCGGCAGACUCAG